CGGGAAGAAUGUGUCGAGUCUACAACAGCACCAAUAGUACCUGAUGCAGAGUCGCACAUAUUAUAUACUGCUGUUCCACUGAAUAGUGAAUUUAGCUGUCAAACGCCAUCCUGGGUUUCCCUUUCUAUAGAAAAUUUUAGGCAUGAUGAUGCUGGUGUAUUGUUUUAUACAGGGUUGGCAAAUUACAAUGACUUUAUAUUUGUCUUGGCUUCUUUUGGAGAGGGAAUAUACCACAUGAACUACUUGUAUAACAGAGUGGACCAACUUAAUAUUGAUUUUUUUUUAACCCUUAUCAAGCUAAGAAGACACAAAACCAAUUUUGAACUUAGUAGACUGUUUGGCAUUUCUGAACAUUCAGUGACAAACAUAUGUAUCACAUGGCUGAACUUUAUGUCUAGACAAUGGAAGGAGUUAGAUUUGUGGCCAAGUCGAGAUUUAGUCCGCUUUUUUAGUCCAUCUGAUUUCAAGCUGAAAUUUCCAUCAACUAGACUGCUUGUAGAUGGGACAGAAAUGCCUGUUAAGAAACCGAAGUCACCAAUUGCUCAACAGUCUACUUAUUAUACAUACAAGAACAGAAACACAGUUAAAGUCUUGGUAGGAUGCUCACCCAGUGGUCUGGUGUCUUAUGUUUCUGAUUCAUACGGCGGAUCAGUAAGUGACCGUAAAAUAGUGGAAAGGAGUAAUCUUAUUAACUUAUGUGAUCCUGGGGAUUCCAUUAUGGCAGAUAAAGGCUUCAACGUUCAGGACUUAUUUGCACCAAGCGACGUAACUAUUAAUAUUCCAACAUUUUUUAAGAAACGUAACAGAAUGACUGGGAAAUCAGUUUUAAGAGAUAGAAAAAUAUCCAGUAAACGUGUCCACAUUGAACGAUUCAUAGGAUUAGCAAAGACAUUUAAAAUCCUUACUGUUGCAAUGAAUAGAACAGAAACAAAACUUUCAAGUGAUAUAAUUUUUGUAGUUUUCAUGCUUUGCAACCUUAGGCAAUGUAUCAUACCAAGACAUGCGUAAACCUAAAAAUGACAAAAUCAAAGUGUAAUUGAACUUGUAUUUUAAAACAUAAUGAAUGCAUAAACAAUAUUUAAAGCCUUAGUGUAUGCAUAUAAUUCAAUAUACAUUUGUAAACAACGUAAAUAUUCUUCUAUUGAUACAUUGAAAUCACCCGUGUCACCAGGAAUACUUAUCAUAACUGUUGUACAUAAAUUUGUCAAGAACAACCUGCUUAAAAUAUUUUUCAUAAAAUGAAGUUAAAGAACCUUUCAUUUCAACAAUAAAUCUGUCAUUUCUU